ACGCUUUUUUUGUCAGUGGAUUUUAUUUGAUUUCGCUAGAAAAUAUACGUUUUGACGGAUUUUUUUUUUAUUGUAAAUUUGAACAUUUAAUUUAUUUCCAACCCUUCACUAAACUUUUUAUUAAAAUAAGUCUGCGGAUGUCCAGAAAAUAACCUUUAAAGUCGACGUGGGCGCGUGAUCAUCAUCAUGGAAGGAUGACAUGCAUUCAUUAUGACGAGGCAAAGGGCUGCUCGGAUUGCAGGUCACGGGUAUAUGUCGUGGUCGUUCGCUUGGUUGAGGAGAACUGACCCGGUCCAGUGGGACCGUUUGUUUCGUGCCGCUUUGUAAGUUGACACGGAUAUAGUGCGCGCGUGACCUUCAGAGCGACAUCAUGGAUCUCACGCGCCUGGCUGUGGAUGCCGGUCAGUUCAUCAACCGAACUGUUCAGUUGACAGAGGAAAGUCUUGGCCAAACCGAUAAGACUGCGUUGGAUCCCGGGCUGGAGGAGCUGCUGGCCCUCGCGGACGCAACCAAAGUCUGGACGGAGCAGAUCAUCACCCAGACGGAGGUUUUGCUGCAGCCUAAUCCCGGAGCGCGUUUGGAGGACCGCCUCUACGAACACCUGGAGUGGAGCGCCCCACCCCGACCGCGGGCGCACGAACUGCUGGGGGAGGAAAUGGUCCAGGCCGGUCUGGAGGUCGGAUCCACCACACCCUAUGGAACGGCGCUGAUGAGGUGUGGAGGGACCCAGAAGCAGCUUGGAGAAACGGAGAGGAAGUUUGUGCAAAGCGUCAACAUUCAUUUCCUCACGCCACUGCGCUGUUUCACCGAGGGGGAGUACAGAGCCAUACAGAAUGAGCGCAAGAUGUUGGUGAACAAGCGCUUGGACUUGGACAUAGCAAAGAGCAGACUAAUGAAAGCCCAUCAGGCUGACACAGAGGCCAGAAACCUGAAUUCAAACCCGCUCAAAGACGACUACCUGUCUCAAGUGUCUUAUAUGUUCAGCUUCCUGCGGAUUAAAUGGCUGAAGAUGUGGGCUCAGGAAAUCUGUCAGGCAGAGAUGGAGCUGAGAAUCUGCCAGAGUCUUUUCGAUCGACAGGCAGAGAUUACUCGACGGCUUCUGGAAGGACUCGGCAGCACUCACAUCAGUCACAUGCGCAGUUUAACAGAUUUCGUGGACGCUCAGGCCUCUUACUUUGCUGAGUGCCAACAACAUGCUGAAGAGCUUCAGAAACACCUCGCAAGCAUCCCAGCUGUCUUCUGCUCCAACAACUGGCAGUCUGCACGCUCCACCUGUGUCAAUGCAAAGACUGUUGACUUGGAUGACAUCACAUCCGCGCCUGCAGUUGUCCACCAGCUUCCAGACUUCGAUCAGGACUCGUGGUCUCUAAACUCCCCGACCAAAACUGAGAAGGAUUCUUCUUUAACUGCUCUGGAUCCCACCAACAACAACGUCUCAACUCACAGCCGCACAAGCCGGGAUUAUUCGGCCAGCAGACUCCCCGCCGCAGCCACAGAUGCAGCCUCUGUCAGGACCGUCGGUGAGGCGGUGCCAACAAACACUCGUCCUGUUAGCGAAACAACCGCAGCAGAGGAUGCACUGCUGGGAUCACGCAGACAGGACGCAGCAUCAACGCCCGUCACCCUUCAGCCGAUGUCUGAUGAUCGUAGAACAUUAGGAGGACCAACAUGCAUUAUGCCAAAUGAAUCCCACAGGGGAGAGAACCCCCCGCAGCUGUAAAUACGUUUAUUCUCCAAACAUGGCAUCAUCAUGAAUUAUUCAUGUCUAAAAAGGAAUUGAGUCUUUCCUGGUAGCAACAAGUGGAACGACUCCCGACUCAUUUCCCUUCACUACAUCUCAGGUUUUAGAAAACACUUUGUGCCAAACAUUUGUGUCAGUAUUUGUGUGAAUCUUUAAACUGCCAGAGUUAUUAAAAUAUAUAUACUGUAUAUGUGAAUGUGAUAGUCUGUCACUGAUGCCAACCAAUGGCUGUAGAUGUCAACACCCAGGUUGAAUUGGGCUUUUUAUGCUUUCUGCUGUUCCCUGCUGUUUUUCACAAGCAAAAGCAAUGUUCCCCUCUUUACGGUAUUGUGUUUUUACAUUUUUUCCCUUUAAAAGCCUCCAUUUUUCCAUUUCCAUGUGAUUUUUCCGGUCAGUCUUAUGUACCAAUUAGAAAGCUUCAUAAAUAUAGAGUUUUUAAAGUGUCUAAAGAUUCUGUAAACUUGCAUCAAGGUUCAAGUUUGAAACUUCCAGUCAAAGCUUGAGAGGAGAAAUAAAAAAAACAUGCAAAUUACAA